GCGCAGUAGGUGCAAGUGUGAUUUUAAACGCGUCAGACUUUGGCAAACUACUUUUAUUUAAAGCAUUGGGCUAUAAAAUCAGAGCAGGAAGUAAGGACAUGUUAAAGGUGAAAAGAGUUGUGUUGCAUUCUCGCCCAGGCAAAAAUGGUCAUCCGGUUCCAGAAAAUUUCCGUGUUGAAGAGAUGAUGAAAUCAAGUGAGCUGAAAGAAGGACAGGUGUUAGUUCGGACACUGUAUCUGUCAGUUGACCCUUACAUGCGCUGUCGCAUGAACGAUGAUACUGGUGCUGACUACCUGUUGCCAUGGAGAUUAGAGGAGCCUGUGGAUGGAGGUGGAGUUGGUGUAGUUGAAGUCAGCGAAAAUGAUGCAUUAUCUGUUGGUAGUGUUGUCACCUCCUUCAACUGGCAUUGGCAGACCUACGACGUGAUGGAUGGCAGUCUUUUACAGAAGGUUGACCCAGAGAUGGUAGGUGGUCACCUGUCAUAUGUUCUCGGAGCGGUGGGCAUGCCUGGUCUUACAGCUCUAUUAGGUGUGAGAGAGAAGGGCCAUGUGACUCCAGGAACCAACCAGACAAUGGUUAUCAGUGGAGCAGCCGGAGCUUGUGGGUCAGUUGCUGGACAGAUUGGCAGAUUGGAUGGUUGUGAGAGAGUGGUGGGGAUCUGUGGUUCCGACCAGAAAUGUCAGACCUUGGUUACUGAACUUGGCUUCACCGCAGCUAUAAACUACAGGAAUGGAGACAUAAGCUCAGCGCUGAGGGAGCUUUGCCCCAAAGGGAUUGAUAUAUACUUUGACAAUGUGGGUGGUCCCAUCAGUGAUGCUGUUAUAUCACAGAUGAAUCCUGGUAGUCACGUGAUCCUGUGUGGGCAAAUUUCACAGUACAAUAAGGAUGUACCUUACCCUCCACCUCUAAGUAAGGAUACCCAAGAAGAUUUGUGCCACAAAAAUAUCACCAGGGAGAGAUUUGUUGUAUUGAACUACAUGGAAAAACACGAAGAAGGCCUUGUGCAGCUCAGUCACUGGGUAAAGACAGAACAGAUAAAGGUGUUGGAAACUGUUGUAAAUGGUAUAGAAAACAUGGGAGAGGCAUUCUGCUCCAUGAUGACCGGGGGCAACGUAGGUAAACAAGUCGUCAAACUUUCAGACUGAGUAAAACAAAUCCAUUGUGAGGUGCUGUUCUAACAAGAGGCCGUGAGGUGGGGUUGUUAAAUAUCUCAGCUGGG